AUGAGAGAAUGGGUCAUCACUCAGUUUGCUACUGCUAAAGCUGGAUUGAUACUGGUUAACAUAAAUCCUGCUUAUCAAAUUCCAGAGGUGGAGUAUGCUCUGAAAAAGGUCAGCUGCAAAGCUCUCAUCAUGGCUGACCAGUUCAAAACACAGGAUUACUACAACAUGCUAAUUCACUUUGUACAUGAGCUGCCACAUUCAAAAACAGGAGAUCUCUUCAGUGAAAGAGUUCCUGAUCUUAAGCUGGUUGUGAUGGCAAGCAAGGAUCAUGAAAGAACUUUUAGCGGCACAAUGGCAUUUCAAGAGUUAAUGGAAACAGGAGGGGCAAAAGAAAAAAGAGAGUUACGCAAAUUACAAAAUGAACUUCAAAGCGACGAUCCAAUUAACAUUCAGUUCACUUCCGGCACAACUGGAAAUCCCAAAGGUGCUACAUUAUCCCACCAUUCAAUUCUUAACAAUGCAUAUUUUGUUGGAGAAAUUUUAAAUUACGAAAAUCAGUAUUCUAGAAUAUGCAUCCCUGUUCCUCUUUAUCACUGUUUUGGAAUGGUGCUUGGAAGUUUAAUGAGUAUCACAUAUGGAACAACGUCAGUUUACCCAUCACGAGGGUUUGACCCGGGAGCUGUUCUGACAGCUGUUCAACAGGAAAAGUGUACUUCACUGUACGGUACCCCGACGAUGUUCAUUGAUGUUCUUAAUCACCCCGCUUUAGACAAGUUUGAUUGCAGCAGUCUGUAUACAGGUGUUAUGGCGGGCUCACCGUGUCCAAUAGAGGUGAUGAAACAGAUUAUGACAAAACUUCACAUGCCUCAAGUAACGAUCUGUUAUGGUUUGACAGAAACAAGUCCAGUGACAAAUCAGACACUCAUGGAUGACCCAAUAGAUCUGCGAGUUUCCACAAUAGGACGAGUGCAUCCCAAUAAUGAGGCGAAAAUCGUGGAUGAACACGGUCGUGUUGUACCCAUCAAUACUGCCGGGGAGAUUUGCUUUCGAGGGUACAACGUCAUGCUGGGAUACUGGGAAGAUAAAGAAAAGACUGACGCUUGCAUUGAGCCCAGCGGUUGGUUCCAUUCCGGGGAUAUGGCAACAAUGGACGAAAACGGAUACGUUAAAAUUAUUGGGAGAAUAAAGGACCUGAUCAUCCGUGGAGGAGAGAACAUUUAUCCAACAGAAGUGGAACAAUUUCUUUACAAACAUCCCAAGAUACAAGAUGUACAGGUACAUUUUUAGUUCUAAUCGUAAAAUUCUCUUACUUAUUGUCCAAUAUUUGUUUCAUCAAGGCUCCGUCCAAACAGCGCCGGAGAAAUUUGAAAACGCAGCUUCAUGUUGGGAAUUAGAUGUUUGCCUGACUCAACACAACGUUUUCCCGAUAAAGUUCGCGCUAAAAUCACUCACUCACGAUAGACUUUUGAACAUAUAUAUUUUGCCUCACACAACGUCCCGAGUUCGAUUACAACACACUCUUAGAUUCUCUAGAACAAAAGACAAAACAAAUCGUACAAUGUUUUCUUUGAUUGGCUACAGUUACUAACGAUGACAGAUUCGAUGCCUGUCCCUUUCCGGUCAAGUAAACAAUCAAUUCUAGUCGCGUUAAAAGGGGUUUGAUUGUGUAAACACACGAUUUGCGACAUUCAUUUCUACGGUUAGGCCUUUCGUCCACACUAAUCCGUCACGAAAACGGAAAACGCU